CUCUAUUCUUUGAAAUCGUUCAUAAUUGGUUUUCCGGUUUCGUCUCGGCGGGGUGCGGUGGGGAUGUUCGCGGAGCUCAAAACCCUAACCAAAACCCUUCCUUCAUUUUCUUCAUUCUAACCCCCAAUAUGUUCAAAAUUUCCUCCACAUUUCUUCUUCAUUUCAUCCACAAGCGUUUUCUCAAUACCAUUUCUACUUCUACAUUGCCUUUACGCUCUGUUUCUACCAUCCAAUUUCUCACUAAUUCAUGUGGCCUUUCUUCAGGAUCUCCUUCUUCCAACGGUCGAAUGCUCCAAUUCGAUGAUAAAAGCAUCCAGCAGUACGAAUCCGUUAUCGGUUUCUUGAAAUCGCAUGGAUUCGAUAAUCUACAGAUCGCCAAUUUGGUCUCGAGGCGACCUAACAUCCUUGGAUCCAGAGUAUCCACCAAUCUCAAGCCUAAAUUUGAGUUCCUCCAGGAAAUCGGGUUCGUCGGUCCUUUACUUCCUAAGAUAAUUUUAGCAAACCCACCGCUCCUUCUCAGGAGCUUACAUUCUCAUUUGAAACCAUCACUUGUUUUCUUGAAGGAAAUUCUUGAAUCGGAUGAACGAGUAAUUGCUGCUAUUUGUAGUUCUUCGUGGCUUCUGACUUAUGAUUUUGAGCGUGUUAUAAAACCUAAUGUUGAUGUUUUGGCCAGUGAAGGAGUACCUUCAAGGAAUAUAGCAAAGUUGAUUGCAUUGGACCCUAGAACUAUUAUGCAAAAGGUUGAUAGAAUGAUUCAUGCAGUGAAAACGGCGAAAGAAUUAGGCAUCGAACCAAAGUCUGGCAUGUUUAUUUAUGCAGUUGUUGUAAGGCUUUCAAUGAGUGAUUCAAAUUGGAAGAAGAAAAUAAAUGUUAUGAAGAGUUUAGGAUGGUCUGAGGAUGAGAUUUUUACAGCAUAUAAGAAAUAUCCACCUUAUUUAAAUUGUUCAGAGGAGAAAUUGAGGGAUGUUGCAGAUUUCUGUUCCAACACUGCCAAGUUAGAUCCAGGAACUCUAAUUACUUACCCUAACUUCUUCACUUUUUCAGUCGAGAAGCGGCUCCAACCGAGGUACAGAGUUCUUGAGGUUUUGAAGUUGAAAAAUCUUCUUAAAAACAAAAAGAUUGCUCCGUUUUUUGUCGAAGGGGAGAGAAGAUUUGUGGAGAAAUAUGUAGUUAAGCAUUUGGAUGAAAUCCCAAAUCUGAUGGACAUAUACAGAGGCAAUGUUGCAGCCGAAACCAAAUCUGUUCUAUAGGAUUGGAAAGUUAUUGUUUAUUAGUCCCUUUUCUAGUCACAUCCUUGAAGCUCUGGGUGAAUCACUACAUCUUGCACUCAGCCAUGAUCUUCUUCUAAAAAAAAUCCUUUCAAUGCUUGUUUUCACUUGAAGAUUGAAGAUGGAACAGAAACAGGCAAACCCUAAUGCGUAAAGACAAAUGGAAAAUGAGGAAGGAGGAAAGAAAAUCACUUCAAUGGUCUACAAAGGAGAUGGAACCACUCCCACUUUGAAGGAUAAGGGUGUAAGUAUAAUGAUGUUUGAACAUUUAUGAAACUGAUUUUGGGUUUUUGUAAAUUCUUAUUUUUCUUUCUUUUUGUAAUUUUUUAAAAAUAAUUUUGCUAUUUUUGCAACUUAAAAAUUGUUAUUCUAAUUUUUAACUUCAUCGUGCAUUUACAUUUGGAGUAAUAAUCUCAUGUUCAACUUCA